ACACAAACACUGCAUUUCCUUCAGCCCCUUUUUGUAGUGGAAGGGAGGCUGCUUUGAAGCAUCAGCUUCCUCCGCAGUAAGCUCUGCUAUCUCUCGUUCCCUCUGUUCCUAAUCACCGAACAGCAAUUCCACACUUACCCAGAUAUCAAAACUCCAUCUUUUUCAUCUACUACUAAUUUCUGAACCCACUCUCACUCUCCUUUCAUUGCCUUCAACUCCCACACCAAAAUUACAAUGAUGGGUAUGUUUCGUAGGUACAUGAAUUAUCUGAAAACUCCUUCAUUUUCAUUGUGCAUCCACCAUUAUCGUCAAAUCUUCAGAAACAAAGUUCUCGCACAAGUUGAAACGACACUUCACUCAACAAGGUUUUCACCCUCUCAUUAUUCUGUUCAUUGCCAAAGGCCAUUGUUAUCUGAUAAUAAAAAUUCUCGUGUGCGCUUCAUUCAAUAUUCAUUGCCCUUGAACUGCUAUAUUGCUUGUUAUAUCCCCAAUCGUAAUUACUGUUCAGAAAUUGUUUUCAUGAAUCAAGAUCUUAGUUGUUGUGAGAGUGAAAUUGAUCAGGUGUGUAGCACAAUGGUGGAGGAUAGUGGUUUAGAAAGCGAUGUUGGUAAGGUGUAUAGCACGAUGGUGGAGGGUAGUGGUUUAGAAAGUGACGCUGAUAAGGUUUAUAACACUAUAAUGGAUAAUUUAAUUGGAUUUAACAAUUUGGAGGAGGCUCUUGGCCAAUUGGGGAUCCCAUUGUCCACUCCUUUGGUUAUUGGGGUGCUGCAUAAGCUUAGAUAUGAUGAAAAAAUUGCAUUUAGGUUCUUCACUUGGGCUGGUCAUCAGGAGAAUUAUUCACACGAGCGCCGUGCUUAUAAUGAUAUGAUGGACAUCCUAUCUAGUACUAAGUACAAGGUGAAACAGUUUCGGAUAGUUUGUGAUAUGUUGGAAUAUAUGAAGAGGAAUGACAAGAUUACUGUUCCGGUUGAAGUUCUGAUGACGAUUUUGAGAAAGUAUACUGAGAAGUAUCUUACUCAUGUGCAGAAGUUUGCAAAGAAGAGGAGGAUAAGGGUGAAGACACAACCGGAAAUAAAUGCAUUUAACUUGCUGUUGGAUGCUCUGUGCAAGUGUUGUUUGGUUGGGGAUGCUGAAGCUCUAUAUAAGAAAAUGAGGAAAACGGUCAAGCCUAAUGCAGAAACAUAUAAUAUAUUAGUUUUUGGGUGGUGUAGGGUUAGAAACCCAACUAGAGGGAUGCAACUACUGGAGGAAAUGAUUCAACUGGGUCAUAGACCUGACAAUUUCACAUACAACACAGCCAUUGAUACAUACUGCAAAGCUGGUAUGAUAACAGAGGCUGUUGAUCUUUUUGAGUUUAUGAGAACAAAAGGUUCAACUAUAUCUUCCCCCACUGCCAAGACUUAUGCGAUUAUAAUUGUGGCUCUUGCUCAAAAUGAUAGAAUGGAGGAGUGUUUUAAACUUAUAGGGCAUAUGAUUUGCAGUGGUUGUCUUCCUGAUGUCACAACAUAUAAGGAAAUAAUUGAGGGAAUGUGUGUGUGUGGAAAGGUAGAUGAAGCUUACAAGUUCUUGGAAGAGAUGGGAAACAAGGGUUAUCGACCUGAUAUUGUUACUUAUAAUUGUUUUCUCAAGGUCCUUUGUGACAAUAAGAAGUCUGAGGAAGCCCUUAAAUUAUAUGGAAAAAUGAUUGAAUUGAGUUGCAUUCCUAGUGUUCAGACUUACAAUAUGCUGAUUUCAAUGUUUUUUAAGAUGGAUGAUCCUGAUGGGGCAUUUGAGACUUGGCAGGAAAUGGAUAACAGGGGCUGCAGACCAGACAGUGACACAUACUGUGUGAUGAUCGAGGGGCUAUUUAGCUGCAAUAAGAUGGAAGAUGCUUGUUUUCUUUUGGAAGAAGUUAUAAACAGAGGAAUAAAGUUGCCAUAUAAAAAUUUUGACUCCUUUUUGAUGCAAUUGUCUGUGAUUGGUGAUCUCCAGGCGAUUCAAAGGCUAUCAGAACAUAUGAGGAAAUUCUAUAAUCAUGGCAUGGCUAGACGUUAUGCCCUAAGCCAGAAGCGUAAGAGCAUGAGUUUAAGAGGGAGAUAAUAGUUACAAAAUUUCUUUCUUGAGUUUGUGCUACCUGUCAGGAACUGAAGGGGCAAAAUUAAGAGGGUUCUUGUCAUGACAGGUCAGACAAAUUUUCUGGAAACAUGGCAAGUUAUAAUAGCAUUCACUAUUUCAGAUACCGGCUUAAUAAGGCUUGCCUUGCAUAUUGGAUUCCUUCAUGGUGAUGACUAGUUGCAUCUUUGAACAUAUUCUAUUGGUCAUGCUGUGUGCUACCAAGAAUUUUUUGCACGAAGAACUUUGAUGCAGCCUAAAGAUGAGAAGAUCCAUGUAUGUAUUUUAUUGUUACAUUUGA